UGAAUAUGAUAAUGAGGCUGUGAUAAUCCAAGUGACAAAAUUGGCUGUCUCGGGGAGACCUCCCACGCUAGCGGUGACACACAUUUCAUGCUUGCACGUCUGCUGGUGCCAGUGUGGCGAUUUUAACAAUUCAUUUUAUGGAUCUUGGAGGAUACUGGAUGGUUCCUGAAACAGUUUGCACCACUUAGGACAAACAGGGGUUAAAUAUGCCUCAGAAACUGUUCAUUUCAAUAUUUGAUUUAUUUAUGUAUAAAUAUGGUGUAACAUUAUCCUGAGAAAAAAUUAAGCUGAAAAUUAUAUUUUGUGCAAGGCUGUUAGAUAUUUGUAUACAUCUUUCAAUGGAUUGAUUUUCAGUGUAUAACUGUGAUAUAGCAUGAUUCAUUUUACCUUGGCUAUUAGUCACAAAGCUGUCAUUGACGAGUAGUGUUAAAAAAUAGCUGUGAUAGCAGUAUUAGUUUAUAAGAUUCUGUGAUAGUUUGAAGGAAUAAAUAAAAGAAAGAUGUCGGAGGGUGGUCCCGGUGCACAGCGUGAUGUUGGCAGCAAGCGCUUGCAGCAGACGCAGGCACAAGUUGAUGAGGUUGUGGAUAUCAUGCGGGUAAAUGUUGACAAAGUUCUAGAAAGAGAUCAGAAAAUAUCAGAACUCGAUGACAGAGCAGAUGCAUUACAAGCCGGUGCUUCACAGUUUGAGGCCAGUGCUGGAAAACUGAAACGAAAAUUUUGGUGGAAAAAUUGCAAGAUGUGGUUAAUCCUUAUAGGAAUUGUUGUUGUAAUCAUUGUGAUAAUCAUUGUUUGGGUAGCGACAAGCCAGAGUGGGGGGAGUGAAAAUUUGAAGCCUGCAGCAACUACAGUUAAACCUUUACCCAGCAGCGGCGUCACUCCUUGAUUUUAUUUUUAGCAAUAUAGGUCACGUUCACCGUUGGUACAGAAUUCCAAAUAGGAUCGUAAAUAACUGUGUUUCAGUUUUUCAAUUUUUCUCUAUUUUCACAUUUCGUGUAUGGUUUGUUGAUGAUAAAUGCCGAUAAAAAGUUGGAUGAGCAUUUUAUUGAUUUAAUCGGCCAAUUGCCGAUGUUGUUCUGAUGGAAUCUCAAAGUUGGAAAUGCUUUAGGAUAUUAUUUAAUGUGAUAAUAUUGGUUAUACGAACAAUUUUUUUGAGAAAUUUUGUUCCUUUUAUCUAUGACUUUCUUGAAAAUGGAGUAUCAAAAUAAGUUUAUCUCUUAUUUAUUGUUAGUUAAAAGCUUUUCUUUGAUUUGAAAAAAUUAUUUUUGUUACUUCCAUUUUUUCUGUGCUUUUUGAUAUUGUUAUUUAAGAAUUUUAUUCAGAUUAUGAAAAAAGUAUGUGGAAAGGAACUAUUUUACUUCAGUUAAAGGGGAAAAAAUAUGCCGAUAAACAUUGUAGUUUAUCGUUUAUGUUGUGUGUUAUAGAACGAGUAUAACCAGUUACAUAUUAUAUACGAUGUACCAAAAUAGGGAGACAUGGUAGACCUCCCUCCCUCCACCCUCUCCCCACCAUCCCAUGUUGUUCUGUUUCACCGAAUUCAUGUUUUCAAUCGUACCAUUCCUCAUUCAAUCCAUGUACAUUUUUAAGAUGUUUGAAAUUCUAGAAUGAACAUGUAAGCAUGCAAGUUGAGAAUUGUGAGCACUUCAUUUGAGUAAAUAUUUUGUUUAACGUAAAUUUUAGUGUAAGUGAGAAUAGAUCAAUAGUCUACUUUUGUUUGCAUUUAUACCUGUUAAUUAGUAACAUCUUCUGAUUUGACCAAAUAAUAUGUGGCUACUUGCUUCAUUUGUUGUUAAAGUUGAUAUUUUUAUGCAUAUUGAGCCUUUUUGUAAAUUUCUCCAGAGUUCUGCUUACAUUCCAUAAAAUGUAGAAAAUGUCGCCAAAAAAGAUUAAAAGUACAAAUAUGUGACGCUUUAUAAAUCAUAUGCUUGUAACAUGUUUUUAGCAUCUGUAAGUGAUUUUGUUAAUCGUAGACAAAUUUUAUUACCCAUCAGUAAUAAUGAAGUGAGCAAAAUAAGUUUUUUUCUCUUAAAAAAGGCAGUUCUUUGUAAUUUUCAGAAUUUGUGAAAUGAAAUGGUACUUUCAAAUGAAAAUUCACCUUUAAAGGUCCAAUACUAAGGAAAGUGAACAUUUUAAUUUCUUUUAAAAAGCACAUAAACUAUUUCAUUUUAUUGGAAAAUGAAAGUUGGUAUGUAGAAAUUCGAAAUAAAUCACAGUAUAUGUACAAUUAUUUUUCUAUGAAGUAUUAAGAAAGUUAAAAAGACCUGGGUGGUCAUUCUGUCGAUUCAUUGAAAUUUCAACAUAAUACACGUACAUUUCUUUGAGUUCCAAAGACAUUCUGUAAAUUUUGACCUGCCAAUCUUCAUUAUUUAGUGUCUUGCAGAAGUCUGUGCACUGGCUAUGAAAAAAAUUGCCAACUCACUUUCCCUUAGUAAUGGACCUUUAAACACAGCAACCCAAAAAGUUUCAUGCACAAAACCCAGGUUUUAGUGUCAAGGGGCAUGUAUGGGAAGACAUACCAGGUAACCCAAAGAUUUGGGUGUAACAGUUUUAAACAAAUUAAUGCCUGAAGAUUUCUAGUUUAUUGACUGUUUGACACUCCUCUCUAUUAUGUAUACAUGUAAUAGGAAAAUGUCUGAUUUAAUACUUUGAUCAUUCCAGUUUGAUGGGGUAUAUCAUUGUAUGACAUGCUGGGUGUAAUCAUAAGAUGUGUAAACCCUUUAGUAUGUGAUGUACUAUCAGCUGUUUGUAACAUAAUGUACCAUUUUUAGUUUAUUACAUGAUGUACUUGAGCAUUUUGUAACAUGAUGUGGUCACAGUUAUUUGGUAUUAAUUUUUGUGGUACUACAAGCAGUUUGUAACAUUAUGUGGUAAAAGUUAUUUGGUAUUUGAUGUGCUACAAGCAGUUUGUAACAUGAUGUGGUAAAAGUUAUUUGGUAUUUGAUGUACUACAAGCAGUUUGUAACAUGAUGUGGUCACAGUUAUUUGGUAUUAAUUUUUGUGGUACUACAAGCAGUUUGUAACAUGAUGUGGUAAAAGUUAUUUGGUAUUUGAUGUACUACAAGCAGUUUGUAACAUGAUGUACCAUUUACAGUUCAUGACAUCAUGUAAUAACAGGAUAUAAUAAAAGCUUUUUAUUACAAGAGUUCUUCCAAUCAAUGUUUAACAUGAUGUAAUGCAUGCUAUUUGCUACAUGAUAUACUACCAGGAGUGCACAACUUGAUAAUGUUGCAAGCAACUUGUCAUGUAAUAUAACACAAGCAUUGCAUUGUAACAUGAUUUUAUUAAAAGCAGUUUAUUGUAACAUGAACAUGACAUAAGCUACAGUGCAUUUUAACAUUGUUUGUUAAAAACAUUUUGUAUUGAGAGGUAAAAGUGCAUACAGCCUGUUCUGUGAAAUACUGGAACCAGUUUGCAACAUGAUGUUUAGUAUACCAGUGUUUCAUGUAUGGGGUGUUCCAUGAUAUGAAAUGUAAUAAAAUUGGCUUCAUUAUGCAUGAUUUAUGUUUAAAAAAUGUUAAUGUCUUUAAAGUGUAACUAGACUCUUAGAUUCUUUGUGUUAGUCUCUUAGUGUGACUUGUUGAUAAAUUAUCUUUAAUGCUGAAUAUAGCAUCUUUUGUUUUAUCACUCGGUUGUGUUUAUUUGGUUAUAUGCUUUAAAGGGGGCACGUCGCAAGAUUUCUACGAAUAUUUUGUAAUGCAGGAAGUCCUUUUUAUUUUUUGGUAAUUAAUUAUGAAUACUAAAAACAAAUCUAUUUAUUGUAUUUCAGGCAUUAUUUAAAAAAAAAAAAAAAAAGGACUAGUUGUUUAUAAAGUUAUGUGGGACAUUUGUCAUACAGUUUUAGUCCAACAUUAGAUAUUUGAUGUAAAAAUAGAAGGAAUUUAGCAGUGUAACAGUUCAGCCUAAAUUAUGUUGACUUAAUGGUUUUCAGUAUUGGACAGACUUUGCAGAAGUUUUAAAACUUUUUUUUUUUAUAUUUGUUUAUAUUGUUGAGGGGUGCCCCUUUAAGAAGUUAUAUAGCUUUUUUGACUAAUUAUUAUAAUCUGCUUCUUAUAUUUGUUGUGAAGACAAAGGUACACUUAAUAGAGAGAAACAAUUAAAUAACUUGGUAAACAGACAACUUGACAAAAUCUGGUAACUUAUGCAUUGUUGAGAACUGACCAUCUGGUAGAAUGACAUGCUGUCCGGAAAUUCCCAUUUUUGCUUUUAGAAAAUUCUGACUAGUAUACAUAUUUAGAAUAUAUAAUUUGUUCGUAUUUGAGUAAAGUGAAAGAGGAAAUCCAAAUGGGAAUAUAAACUAAGUUAAUUCUUGCUUAGCUGUAAAAAUAUCAUUUGACUGGAUGGCUCCUUUUAACCUUUAGCCUGCUAAAUUUCUAAAAUGGACUUGUCCAUCAGUCAGUUUAGGCAAUAACAUUAAUUACUGGAAGGGAUGUUCACUGAAAAUUUACUGACUGAACAGCGAACAGUGUAGACCAUAAUUGGCCUACAUAGAUGAUCUUGGUCUGGACUGGUUGCAUAGACCAUUGCUGCCAGCAGGUUAAAGAUUAACAUGACAAUACAUGUUUAGAAGGUUGAAACACAUACUGUAUAUAGGAAGAGAAGGCAUGAAAACUAAUUGUAUCAUUUUUCUUGAAUUUUCAUUGAACAGAAUCAUCAAUCCUGGCAGAUUUGUGGCAAAAUUACCUGGCGUAUUGUUGCAGUUUUGAUUUAUUUAGAUUUUUUUUUCAUCAAAUCGAUCACUCAUAACUUUAUUCUGUGAUGUUUUCUGUUGCCAAUCAAGUAUUUUGGUCUGUCAAAAUUUUAGUACAAAAUGUAUUUGAUAGUUUAAUUUCUGAUAGAGUUAGAUUCCCGCUUAGGGAGAGCGUGGAUCGCCGGGUCAUGAGUUAGAUCCUCUGGUGGGCCCUAUGUUCCUUGUGACGAUUUGAUAAAAGACAUUGUCUCUGAAGUCAUUCGUCUUCCACCUCUAAUUCAUGUGGUGGAGUUGGUAGUUACUUGUGGAGAACAGGUUUGUACUGGUACAGAAUCCAGGAAGACUGGUUAGGUUAACUGCAUGCCGUAACAUAACUGAAAUACUGUUAAAAAAUUGUGUUAAACCCAAAACAAAGUUAGGUUCAUUAUACGUAUGCUGUGAAGACAGUAUUGGAAACAUGAUCCAGUAUAGGUUUGAUGCUGAUUGAACUGUGAGAUUUUGGCAUUUUUGCUUUUCUGAAAUUAAAAUUUUGAUAGUGACUAGGCAUUUUUAAUAGAUUGUAUAUAACUUGCAUGUUAGUGGAAAAUAUGGUUCGAGUUAGAAUGAUUUUUAGCUGUUGAAGUUGUUAUCUUGUAACAAAGCAAAAUAAAAGAACUACUUUGUUUCUGAAUGUAUGUUAAACUUGAUAAAAAUAUUGACAAUUUUCUCAGUCUUAACAGGUGAGUCUUGUAAACUUUGACAAACCUCUGUGCGCUAAGAACAUUUUAACAGAGUUAUAAAAUAUUGUCAUUGUGAAAACCUUGAUCAGUUUAAUGGUAUUAUUUGAUAUUCUCAAAUGUCAGCAGGAUGUCUGAUAUUAAAUAGCAUUAACCUAUUUUUGUGCAAAAUUGUUAUAAAACAAACAAAAAAUGCUUUAAUGGCUUUUUACUUUCUUACGUUUUUUCACUCACAAUUUGUGAAAAAUUGACAGAAAGCUCCACAAUUGUUUUCUAUUUAAAGUUUCUUAGGUGAGUAUUAGGAACCUUUUUUGACCUCCUGUAGAUUCAACAGAAUACUGGCAUUGUUAUCUCAUUAUUUAUAUUAUUAUAUUGUUAUAUUGCUUAUUUUUAUGUAUGCAUGAAAGAAAGAAACAAACUAUUUAUUAUUGACCAAAUUGAGGAGUUCUACCCCUCAGUGUUUCAUUAAUUAUGAAUUUAUUUAUGUAAAUAUGAUGUAUACAUUAUAAAGGGUUACGUUUAUUGUAUAUACUAUAUUAAGAGCGCUGUGUGUUUGAAGUCAACGUUUCUGUCUUAAUUCUGGUCACUUGUAAGUGUAUCUGCAUUUAUUCUAUCAGGUCGAGUUAUUAUUUAGUAUUUGCAAUGUCUAUUUAGUAUGUAUGAAGAUUUUCUUCUGUUACAUAACUACCCUAAGCACAAGGGAAUAUCCUAUUAACCUAAUGGUCAAAAAAGUUCUGUGACACGUUUUGUCUGAAGCAGUUUGCUCGGUUUGUCUUUUACCGAAAUGUUCUAAAUACACUGAUCAAAAGAGCCAAAACACUCUAGUUAUAACUUGAACAAUUGUGUGAUGUCAUAAAUGAUGUAAUUACAUCUAGUAAUUGUGAACUUUUUGGGGCAAAAUAUUCAUAGGUUUUGUUUUGUUUUUCGCCGGAAAGGAAAUGCAAAGUUUCAUGAAAAAAAUCUUAAUUUUGAGGGAAAAUAAUAUGUCUUUUUUUAUUUUAUAAGCAAAAAAAACGCAAAUAUUAAGAGUGGUGUGUUAGCCUUUUUGAUCAGUAUAUUUCAACUUUAUACAGAUUAGGACUUUUGCAUUUGGAAAAGGACCUUUUACAGGGCCAAGUCCAGCCCACUUAGCUCCGUAGGUAAGAGCUAUGUCUACGGAUCGCGGGGUCGCGAGUUCGAUCCUCGGGCGGGGCAUAUGUUCUUCAUGACUAUUUGAUAAAAGACAUUGUGUCUGAAAUCAUUAGUCCUCCACUGAUUCAUGUGGGGAAGUUGGCAGUUACUUGCGGAGAAAAGGUUUGUACUGGUACAGAAUCCAGGAAAACUGGUUAGGUUAACUGCCUGCCGUUACAUGACUGAAAUACUGUUGAAAAAUGGCAUUAACCUAAAACAAACAAACAAUUUUACAGGGCCAAUCCAAAUAAGGGGAAAAUCUCAGCUAGACUUCUGAAGUUAAUACAAUGUAGUUCUUUCUUGUAGCAUCAUUAUCAUGCAUAGAUAAUUAUCCUGUCUAGUAUAGAAAGUUACAGUAUAACUAUCAUUCUGUAUUGGUAGUGGUAUUCUUUUUAGAUAAAGGGUUAGGGAAAGUUCUUUAGAAGUGUGUUAUUUUGUUACAGCUGCAUGGAGGAAGUUUGUGAUAUAAACCCAUAAUCUUGAAGAAAAUACUUAGGUAGAAGACAACAAGUCGGUUUGUUUAGGUUGUGUAACUAUAUUUUAUGGUCGUACACAUUCUUGACCUGCUAGUGAGAUCUUAAAAAAUUUCCAUGAAUUUUGCUUGUCAGAAUUGGUAAAAGAUAAGGUAUAAAGGCUGGUGUUACAUGGUUGUCAGAAGUUAACGCUUAAACAUAUCGUCACCCAGUCCUCAAUAUUUAUAAAGUGGUUAUAAGUAAUCUGUUAGAAUUUUUGCUGCAAUAAUGUGUAGUAGUCAUAUAAAUAGAAUUAUGGUAGUGUAACUUUAAUGGCGAUUGACAAUUUCCAUGUAUAUAUGUGUUCUGGUUUGUCGGUAUUCUUCAAACGUUACAAGUACAUGGGUUUUCAUACUGGAACAAAAAAUGCCGAAAUCCUAUACAGGGAGCACAUAAUAAAAAGGAUAUUGCUGAAUGUUAUUAUGGGUGCACUACCUUGUGACUGGACUUUAUGACUGGAAUUUCGAUGUGUGCAUGUUUUAACAUUGUAAUAUAUAUUAUAUAUGAUCCAUUUCUUUCUUGAAAAUAUACGUUAGAAGACACAUUGAUUUGUUGAAAGUGUAAUUAGCGUGAAAUAAAUGUUCUGUAAAAUACCAGAAA